CGUAUUAAAGUUAAAAAAAAAAACGAAAACAAAUCGGAAAAAGACGGAAGUGAGUGCUUUGUGCUGCCGCCGGUGAUGUGCUGAAAUCGCCUCGCCAAACUAGACCAAUUUCCCAAGCGAGAUACCGAUUUUGCAAUCGAAGUAACGCCACGGAGUGCAGCAAAAAAAGGAAAAAACCACAAUAGCAACAGCAAACAUGGCACUGAAGAAAGUGAAGGGUAACUUUUUCGAGCGUAUGUUUGAUAAAAACCUCACCGAUUUGGUGCGCGGCAUUAGGAACAACAAGGAUAAUGAGGCCAAAUACAUAUCGACGUGCAUCGAGGAGAUCAAACAGGAGCUCCGACAGGACAAUAUCAGUGUCAAGUGCAAUGCAGUGGCCAAGCUGACCUACAUACAAAUGCUGGGCUACGACAUCUCCUGGGCGGGCUUCAACAUCAUCGAGGUGAUGAGCUCAUCCAGAUUCACCUGCAAGCGCAUUGGCUACCUGGCGGCCAGCCAAUGUUUCCAUCCGGAUAGUGAGCUGCUCAUGCUGACCACCAAUAUGAUACGCAAGGAUCUCAACUCACAGAACCAAUACGAUGCGGGUGUGGCGCUCAGUGGACUUAGCUGUUUCAUAUCCCCCGAUCUGUCACGCGAUUUGGCCAACGAUAUUAUGACACUGAUGAGCUCAACAAAGCCGUAUCUGCGCAUGAAAGCCGUCCUUAUGAUGUAUAAAGUAUUCCUACGCUAUCCCGAAGCAUUGAGACCAGCAUUUCCCAAACUCAAAGAGAAACUGGAGGAUCCUGAUCCAGGUGUUCAAUCAGCUGCCGUGAACGUUAUUUGUGAACUAGCACGUAAGAAUCCAAAAAACUACCUGCCCCUGGCGCCGAUCUUCUUCAAGCUGAUGACCACAUCGACCAACAACUGGAUGCUGAUCAAGAUCAUCAAGCUGUUUGGCGCUUUAACCCCCUUAGAACCCCGGCUAGGAAAGAAAUUAAUAGAACCACUCACAAAUCUAAUUCAUAGCACCUCGGCGAUGAGUCUCCUGUACGAGUGCAUCAACACGGUGAUCGCGGUGCUCAUCAGCAUCAGCAGCGGCAUGCCCAACCACAGUGCCUCCAUCCAGCUCUGCGUGCAGAAGCUGCGCAUCCUCAUCGAGGAUUCGGACCAGAACUUGAAAUAUCUCGGACUGUUGGCCAUGUCGAAAAUCCUGAAGACGCACCCGAAGAGUGUGCAGGCGCACAAGGAUCUGAUACUCGCCUGCCUGGAUGACAAAGAUGAAUCGAUACGAUUGCGCGCCCUGGAUCUGCUGUACGGCAUGGUAUCGAAGAAGAACCUAAUGGAGAUUGUAAAGCGAUUGCUGGGCCACAUGGAGCGGGCAGAGGGUUCCGCCUACCGAGAUGAAUUGCUCUACAAGGUGAUCGAGAUAUGCGCACAGAGUUCCUAUCUCUAUGUGACCAACUUCGAGUGGUAUCUCACCGUGCUCGUGGAACUCAUCCAACUGGAGGCUGGCUCACGGCACGGCCGCCUGAUUGCAGAGCAACUCCUUGACGUGGCCAUUCGAGUGCCUGUGGUCCGGCAAUUCGCCGUUAACGAGAUGACCAAUCUGCUGGACACGUUCACCGUUUCGGCGCAAAGCAAUUCCAUGUACGAGGUGCUCUACGCCGCCGCCUGGAUCGUUGGCGAGUUCGCUGGCGAGCUGGAGGAUGCGGAGAAGACGCUCAACAUCCUGCUGCGCCCGAGGCUACUGCCCGGUCACAUCCAGGGUGUCUACGUGCAGAACGUGAUCAAGCUGUUCGCCCGCCUGGCCACCACGUGCUUAGAGCUGCAGGAUCUGCCUGGUUUGGUGACACUGUGCGACCAUGUGCUGGAUAAGCUACAGCAUUUCAAUGGUUCCAGCGACAUUGAGGUGCAGGAACGUGCCAAUUCCGCUUGCAUGCUAAUCGAGAUGCUGCGCAACCAGCUGUCCACGUCAACCGAUGCCAUGGCCAUGGACACGACGACGGAGGGCGGCAUUCCGCCGCUGGCCAUUGAGAUUGUCCAGGAGAUGACGCUGCUGUUCACUGGCGAGCUGAUUCCGGUGGCGCCCAAGGCGCAACGUAAGGUGCCCCUGCCCGAUGGCCUGGAUCUGGACGAGUGGAUCAAUGCUCCGCCUCCGGAAGAUGCGGCGAGCAGUUCCUCCUCGGAGCACGACAAGGACGAGCUAUUCGUUAGCGCCGCACAGGCAGGCUCGGCAGCUGAUGGUGGCGGUAAGCGGCGACAGAGUUUGGAGCUCACGCCCGAGCAACUGGAGCGGCAGCGAAUGGCGCGGCUCAUUGAGCAGUCGAACAAUCCUCAUUACCUCAAGUCCACGCCCACGGCGAGUGGUGCCUCGAAUGCGGAUCAGUAUGACAAUAUUGAUGACAUACCCAUUACGGAGCUGCCGCUGGACAUGGAGGGCGUGGCCGCUCUGCGCGUGGGCAUCACCAAGCGAUCGGAUAAGUACCUUCAGGAACAGCAGGCGGCACAGGGCGGCAAGGAUGGCAAGAAGAAGCAUAAAAAGGGCAAAAAGAGCAAAAAGGCCAAGAAUAAAGUGGCGUACAACAGCAGCUCCGAAUCGGAAGGAGAGCCGAAACCCUUGCACAUUGUGAACACCACGCUGGACAUGCCCGAAGGUGUCUCCAUGUCGGACAGCGAGGACAAGGAUGGCAAAUACGAUCCCAAUGAUCCGCAUCGAGCCCUGGACAUUGAAUUGGACAUCACGGACUUCGAAGCGCCCGCGGUGAGGUCCUCGUCCAAAAAGUCAGCGGCGGGCAAAGAGAAUCUCAAAACGCCGGCGGAGUCGGCCGGCAGUGGUAGCACCGCCAAGAAGGAUAGGAAAAAGGAUAAGGAUAAGGAUAAGGACAAGGAGAGGAAGGCGAAGCGGGAGCACCGGGAAAGCAAGCGGGAACGCAAGGAGACUGCUGUACAGCCGGCGAUCGAUCUCAUCGAUGCUGACACACUGGCGAUGGCCAGUGUCAUCGGGGGCAUCAUCAUUGAUAUGGGCGCGGAGGUGGCGACCAAGGCGCACAAGAAGAAGCAUAAAAAGGAGAAGUCGCAGCGCAAGGAGAAGAAGGCUUCCGAAUCUGCAUCAGCAUCCGUAUCCGCCAUCGUUUCGAUUGGCGAAUACGAACAGCCACUGGGAAUCUCAACGCCCAGCAAAGAGAUUUUGUAAUUGCUAAGCUCCAAGUUCCACUAUUAUAAUUAAUCAUUAUUACGA